AAAAUCCAACGCGCUCUCUCUCUCUCUAGAACGCGCUCAUUGCAGACAGAGAGAGAAACGAGGGAGAGAAUCAGAGAACGAUAAAACAAAAAAUGGCGACGAAUAUCGGAAUGAUGGACCCGGCAUAUUUUGUCGGUAGAUCGGAGAUCUUGGCGUGGAUCAACUCAUCUCUACACCUCAAUCUCUCCAAAGUCGAAGAGGCGUGUUCAGGUGCGGUUCAUUGCCAACUGAUGGGCGUGGUUCACACCGGAAUGGUGCCGAUGCACAAGGUGAACUUCGACGCCAGGAACGAGUACGAGAUGAUUCAGAACUACAAGGUUCUUCAAGAUGUCUUUAACAAACUCAAGAUCACAAAGCAUAUUGAAGUGAGCAAGCUGGUGAAGGGAAGGCCCCUUGAUAAUCUGGAGUUUAUGCAAUGGAUGAAGUGGUACUGCGAUUCUGUUAAUGGAGGCGGUCUGCACAAUUACAAUGCUUUGGAAAGGAGAGAGGCUUCAAAAGGAGGAAAAGACGUGAGCAAGAAAUCUGCACCAUCACAGCCUUCAACCAAAUCUUCAGCAGCUGCUCCCAAAACUCACACAUCACACAAUAAUCGAAGGAAUGACAUCCGCAUAACUAAUCAAUCGGUUAAGGCCUCUAGUAGACCUUCUUCGAGUGGAGGGCCUACGUAUGAUGAACAGAUCACCGAGUUGAAGUUGUCAGUGGACAGUCUUGAGAAAGAGAGGGACUUCUACUUUAUGAAGCUAAGGGAUAUUGAGAUAUUGUGCCAGUGUCCUCAGAUUGAAAAUUUACCAGUUGUUGACGCAAUAAAGAAGAUAUUAUAUGCAACAGAUGACAGUGCAUCCGUGGUGGCAGAAGCUCAAGCCAUGAUAUCACAGUCCCGGAGGGAAGUUGAACUGUUGAGUCCUAUUCCUGAAGUGCCAGAAGAAGGGCUAGUAAAGUCCGAUAAAAAGAAAAGGAAGCAGCAUAUUGCUAGUUUUGAUGUUGAUGCUGCUGCUAGCUCUACAUUGUCUUCAAGGCAAAGGAUUUCUGAUUCCUCUGAUGUCCAUUGCGGUGGAUCUCCACUUUUAACCUACUGAUUCCUCUCCAUAUUUUGACGAGGGAUGCUAUAUUUCCAUCUACUUCAGAAAUCCUUUCCAUGUUUGUGUUAUGCAGGUUGAAUUUAAUUUUGACUGUAUGGUUCAUGGAGUAUAAGGUUUUAUUUACUUUAAUACCACAAAUACUCUUCUCUCUGCCCAAGGUUAGUUGGAAUUAUGUUGUGAACUUUUAGGGAGUCCAAUUGCCCUCUAAGAGUACCUGUUUGGUGUAGAAUUCUGAGGUUCUGUUGUAUUACUUUCGUACACGCCAGUUAUCUGUUAUAUCUGUAAGAAUUGGUCUUGAAGCAUCUUGUUGAACUCAUGGACAGUGUAUUGGACUUCAUAAGCUACAAAGGUUGCUUAUUUUCA